UUUUUAUUUCUGUGUGUACUGGUUUCUGACUACUACUACACGAAUUGGCCGCCACAUGGAAAUUCGUCGACGCGACUUUAAACGGCUCUGGCCGGAGGCGGCGUGAGAGUCAAGCCUUACGUAGUAGUCACGUGACUACGUGUGCAGAAACAAACAUGGCGCCGCGAAAGUGAGGAAAACUCAGAUGCUUUUUAGUUUGGGCUCACCGCUCGUACCAUCACGUCACAACGACCGUCCGGACAGAUGAGAGGACACUCUUCAUCGUCGGCUUCUCAGGAGCGCACCGGGAUGACUCCGAGGAAGCAGCUCCUCAAGGAUGCCGGCGACCUUCCCCCUGGAAGCCAACAGGACGACGAAAACACGCAAGAGGACGAAGCACUGGACCACCAAGACGACAACGAUGAGCUCUCAUCGGCACCUGUGUCGUCGGCAUCAAGAGAAAAACGCAAAUCCAAACCCAAAGACAUGACAGAGGAGGAGAUGAUGGACUUGGCUCUGCGUCUGAGUGAACAGGAGGCCGGCGUCGCCGCGCUCAGACUCCAGCAGGAGGAGGAGGCCAUGAGGAAAGCCAUCCAAGAGAGCAUGGACAACCAGACCCAGAGUCUGCUCACCGAUGCUGAAGGUUCACUCAGGACCUUCUCUCGAAGGAAACUCUUGUAUGCAAAUGGGUGGAUGGCGCCUGCCAUCAAUCAGAGAGCAGCGGAGGACGUACGCACACCAGAGACGGGCCGAGGAGGAAACGAUGCCGAAGAUGCAUUCAUUAACCGGCUAAAAAAGCGGAAAAGGAAAGCUGGAAGUCCUCUGCUGGAGAUGCCGGACUUAUCGCAGGCUCACAAAGUCUUCUCUCAGGCUUCACCCUGCAGCUCCGAUUGUCUCUCAGCGUCUCUCGACUCUCCACAGAGCUCUGACUCGACCCAGAUCGACGCCUGUCAGCCUCCUAAAUCCCCCGUCUUCCCCUCCACCGAGUGCAGAGCCAAGGUUCAAGUCGCCCGGCUGAGCAAAGAGGUCUUGGAGACCUGGAGAACCUUGGGGUUUGUGUCCUGCUCUCAGGACAGUCGGAUCUCGACUCAAAAGUCUCAGACGGCUCGAGCCAAGAGUCCCACGUUUCCCGAAAGCCCCGAACGCUCCAAUAACCUUGCUUUCUCCGAGAGCUCUGUCUUCUCAGAGGCUGAUCAGGGAGAUGAUGGAGAGACCGAUCUGACUCCAGAGUACGUUAAAAGUCCGGUGUUCGGCAGGAAUAAGCUCAAGACGUCUCAAAAUGCCUGCAAACCCAGAAACUGGGUCUGCACCUCCUUAACCUCCUCUGUGAAGUCCACGUCCUGUUGUCCUAAGAGUCAGGUGUUCCCUAAAAGCCCCGGGCUACGCGACGACCUCCCAGCCACUGACGAAUCAGCAACCUGCACGGAGAGCGUGGUGGGACAGGCAGAGCAGAGCCGAGGGCGCUGUAGGAGCCCGGUGUUCGGCGCGGCCGCCGGACGCCAAGAGAUUCGUCCCGGCGAGCAGGAGCGCUCCUCGGGUCCUCCCGCCCCGGAGCGACCGCGGAACGCUGCUCGGGCUCCGCCCCGCCGUCACAGGCAGGACAGCGAGACAGAUCACAAGGAAGACGCCACGUUUAAGUCGUCUAACUCGGACUGCUCCUCCGAGAGGAUGCUGAGCGGCGAAGUAACGCUUCUCUGGUCCGAGGAUGACGACGACGACGAUGAAGAAGUCACGCCGGAGGGCUCCCCGAGCCCAGUGUUCCCAGAGGAGAGACCCGCUCACCAGGCACACAGGGAGGAUGCAUCCCAGGACCACGUGACUGCCGCUCCAGGGAAGAACUGCAGCUCUUCUUCGUCCACCAGCAGACCGCAGCCUUCCACAGAGCCACGACCACAGCCAAUCAGCAGCCAGGGAGCGGUCAGCAGGCCGUCCACCUCGUCUGGGGAGCUCGCAGGGGGGGCGACGGUCUGCUACUACUGGGGGGUUCCCUUCUGUCCAAGAGGGGUGGACCCAGACGAAUACACACAGGUGAUCCUGAGUCACAUGGAGGCGUAUGAGAAGAGCCUGAAGCAGGCUCAGAGGUGUCUGCUCAGGAAGGCUGAGUGGGGGGAGGCUGUCCUGCCUCAGCCUGAGAAAUCCCCUUCAUCCGAGUCGCCUGCAGAAUCCCCUCAGAAGCUCGUUCCUCGACGGCGCGGCCUCAAACUGAGAAGCAGAACUGCGUGCGAGUCAGCUAAUGCACCGCCCGAUGACGCAGAGGAGGAUGAGGAAGACGAGAAGGAUGAAGAGGGGGAAAGAGAGCGCAAAGAAGAAGAAGAAGAAGAAGCAGCGGACGAGGGGGAAGAAGGACCGGUGGAUGCUGAUGACUGUGAGGUUUGUCCAGAAACCCAACUGAGUGACAACGACGACGACCGGACGCAAGAUCUGAUGAUCCCAGCUGACCCACGAGCAAAGCUCGGAUUUCAGUUUGACAGUAAAAAGAGUCCAGAGCCGCCGGAGGCGGAGAUGAUUCUACAAGUCGAUUCUCCAGCUGAAGAUGGGCUGCAAGUAGAGGAGGACGAGAUGGAGGUGGACCCCGCGUCGGACAGAAAGACGGAAGCGAACACCUCCGGCGGCGCUGGGAAUGAGGGGACGGAGGAGGCCGUACGGGAUCCAGAUGUGGAGGAGACAAAGGGCCGAAGGCUCCAGAGGUCGGCGUCCCCCGAGCUGGAAGCGGCCGCCGGCCUCCCCCCGAGCCCCGAGAGCAAAGUGGACUGUCCCAUCUGUCAGGGGUCCUUCCCGCUGACGGAGAUCGAGAGGCACGCCGCGUACUGCGACGGAGAGGUGACCGUCGUGGAAGAGCGGAGGCCCGAGAAAGUCGGCCUGCAAGUGUCUUUGAAGCCCCGUAGGAAGAGAGCAAGAAGAGCAGAGCCCACCGAGGAGGACACUUACGCACUCUCCAACCCUGCCAGGAAUCAAGAGAAAUGUUACAUCUGUCAGAAAGCUGUUCCGCUGAAAGACUACGGCCGACACACCGAGCUCUGCCUCCAGCGCCAGGCGCCAAAGACGGCGCCGAAGGGAAAUCUGCUGUUGGCUCUGCAGCAAACAGAGAGCAGAGAUUCAGGCGCCGGGCCGUCCGGAUCCAGACUCCAGCCGGGCGAAGUCAUUGAUCUGCGGUAUGAUGAUGAUGAUGAUGAUGACGACGGCGACGAAGAGGAGCAGGGCAGCGUUUCGGCGCUCAGGAUCAGCAACUCUCCCAUCAGGUCCUUCACUCCCAUCUCAGAAGCCACCGACUGCCUUAUCGACUUCAAAAAAAAGCCGCGACCCAAGACGCUGCGUCAAAGACGAAGAUGAGGGCGGACGAUACCGGAAACCAGAGCCUUAACUCGAGACCCCAUCAGGUGGAUGUGACGUUAAGAUAAUAACUUUUAAAAAAAAGACUUACUGAUGUCACGCAUUUAUGCAGGUUAACGACUACAAGCACUUGAAUAGUUUCAAAAGAGGUUGCGGCACUUUUUUUUUUUUUUUUUGUACCACUAGCUUCAGCGUUUGAAUACGUUGAACGUGUUUCAGACUACCUCUUGAUGUAUUGAAACAUUUGCUUCAUGUUCAGCUCUGCGUCUUCCUCCCCUUCGGCUUGAGUCAAAUUCACACCGGCCGCGUUCCUUCAAUCGGGACGUUUCCGACGAACACUGCGCACGUGAAGUUGAACGCUGGUGUUAAACUAAUGCAGAUACUGGAGCUAUUGUGUUGUCAACUCUGUGUGGGGCAGCAGUACGGGUUUAUUCGAGUUAAUUUACAGGAAGGCACAGCGUAAGCUGUUAACCGAAGCCAUGUUGGACCCGCUGAGAGUGUCCUCAAAGGGCCACCGUAGAGAUUUUAACAAGUCGUUUAUUUAGAUCAACGUGGCCUUCUUUCCUGUGCACCACAGGAGCAAAGCUUCACAAAGUCCUCUCUCCACAUUCCAUCCGUUCCAUUUGAGGGCAAAUUAUGUUCAAUCGAAGCGCUUCAAUUUCAUUCAAUGAGUUUGUCAACAGAUAACAUUUUUGACCCCAUGAAAUGGGAUUCGAACCCCCCGUCGUAGGUGUGUGUGGGAAGGAAGUGCAAUUGAGUUUAGAUCACAAAACAGGAGGAAGUUACCUCAACGUUUGUUCACCAUCAAUUUCAUCUUGCAGAAAGCAGCUCAAAACGUGUCGUUGCUUUGCUUCUUAACGUCCUUUUCUCUCUCUGUAGUUCAUUUUAACGUGUGGGCUGACCAUAUCGAUCAGCCCACAUACCUGUCUGACUGUAUUGAACCUUGAAUAUGUAUCGGCGCUCUAGAGUUGAAGUCGCUUGGACUCGAUGUCUCUAAAACGGAAGUAAACUGGCUGAAACACA